AUGUUCAAAGCGAGUUUUUUACACUUCCUUGUUAUCACGGUGAUCUCACAAUUUUACAUAAUUCAAGUUGACGCUGGUAUCGAUUGGUAUGAAUUUUUCAACAGUUGGAUUUUCGGAUCGAAUCAUAAAAUGGGGCAUGUACAACAUUCGAGAGUGCUAAUAAAAGGAGAAGAAGCCGAAAAAAAGUUUAUCGAUAACGAAGUGCAUAAAGUAUCGAAACCGAAAUUUAUAAAAGCUCAGAUCGAACAUAAUACUUCUGAAAUAGACAAAUGGUACGAAUAUCACAAAAGUGCGAACUUCAUCAUGAGGUAUAUUGCCGAAUGGGCCAUGGAUACAUUGUGGGCUCAACGAGAGAGGUUGUACGAAGAACUUGACCUAGCUAGAGAAGACGUCGACUUGGAACCAUUCUGCCAUUAUCGUUAUCUUAACAAUGACGCUGAGACAGACAACAUUUGUCGUCGAGUUCUCCAGAACAAGUACUUUCAUGAUCAAGGAUGGUUUUUAAAUGACGACGAACGUGAUUCCUUCAACCAUUACAAACACUGCAGUAGAGUUAGCGUAUCCAGCAUAAAAAUGAACGAACAUAAUCGAUAUCCAAAACUAUCCUAUUAUAGGGAAGCGCGAAGAUGUUCGGCUUAUUUGAAAAAAACUCAGGAAUCGUCUCCGAUAUAUUUCAGCGUUUAUCUUAUUUCGCAUGAAAAUUACCUGUUGAGAAAACAAUUCGCUUAUUUUGUUUUAUUGAAUAAAGACACCGCUGAAAAACCGAAAAGUCAAAUGAGAAGAAUACUCAGGUAUUUGAAGUUUUGGGAGGAAAAAAAAGUACAAGUAGCAGCUUAUAUAGAAGAAUAAUAUUGAAGAUUCAGAUAGAUACCUAAUUUAGAAGUAUUGUAUACUUAUUGUGCAAUAAAAAAGUCAUUCAAGCAAACAUUGUAAGCUUCAUAACGUAGGUAGGUACGAAGAAAAUUUCAAGUUACGUACACCUAUACCAGCCUUACUAAUUGGUAACCAAACAAAAUGAGUGUUGAUGAGCGGGUCGGUAAAGGUAUUUU